GACUCUGCGAGAAGAAACCAAGUCUAAGAAGAGAGCUAAACUGCACAAGGGAGAUGGGCUACACCACAGUAUGAGUGAAAAGAUUCAGAGUGUCUCAAAAGGAGAUAUGCUGCACCACAGCACAGAGAAUGAGAAGAGUCUGACUGUCUCAAAGGGCCAUCAUUACAUUGGCGUCAUAGAGGAGAAGGAGCAGUUCCACUGCACCCUGUGCUUGAAAAUCUUCAGCAGUGCAAAGUCCCUGAAAACGCACAAAGCGACCCACAAGAAAAUGGCCGCUCACACCUGCUCUUACUGUGGACUGAGUUUUAACCAGUCUGCAACCUUAGUGACUCAUGUGAGGAUACACACUGGAGAGAAGCCAUUUGAAUGUUCCGAAUGCCAGAAGAGGUUUGUCACGUCCUCUCAGCUUCAUGUGCACCAGAGAAUCCACUCAGGGGAGAAGCCAUAUGAAUGCACACUGUGCGGAAAGAGGUUCACUCAGAGUUCAGGCCUGAACUUACACCAAAAAAUCCACACGGGAGAGAAGCCCUUUCAAUGCGAUAAAUGCAAUAUGUCUUUUGUAAGGCCAAGGGAUCUAAAACAGCACCAACGAGUCCACACCCAGGAGAAACCAUACCACUGCUCCUACUGUGGUAAAUCUUUUAACCAUCGCGGCAGCCUGACCGAGCACCGACGCCUGCACACAGGCGAGAAGCCUCACCGCUGCUCCGACUGUGGGAAGUGUUUUGCAGGAUUCAAUGCACUAAAAGCCCAUCGGAAAACACACAGCGGAGAGAGGCCAUACUCUUGCACUGAGUGUGAAAUGAGCUUCCGACAGUUGAGUCAUAUCCGUACACACAUGAGAAUGCACACCGGAGAGAGACCUUAUGUCUGUGACGUUUGUGGUAAAGGCUUUACAGAGCUAAGGAGCCUGAAGAAGCAUCAGACAAAAAAACUACACCUGCUCUAGGACUAAAACUUCUUUGCAAUAGGAAGUUUUCAAGAAGGUCGACACUGGUCCUGCACUGGUCCUUGUCUCGCACGAGAGAAGUCUUAUUUUACGUUGUUUAGGCGGGGAUCACAUUAGCCAGCGGCAGCGGCAACGCAACGCUCAGACCAUAAUAAUAAAUCUAAACAUUCUAUCUCGUUCCUAAGUUCAAUCUUUGUUGCUACGUCCUUAGACGAAUCUGAUUGGUUAAAAUACCUAAACAUUCCAAAGCUGAUUGUGACGAGCCGAGCGUUGCGCUUCAAAGUUGAACCAAGUUCAACUCACAGUUUGCUCAACGCUAGCGUUACGCCAGCGUUGUCACCGUUCCGCUGCCAAACCAUAGAGAACAAUAGGAAACCUGCCGCUUGCCGCUGGCUAGUGUGAUCCCCGCCUUACUGUGCAGAAAACAUUUCAGUCAAGCAUCAGGUUUAGAGAGGCACCAGAAAGUCCACCUCUUUACAUCAUUGUAUCCAUGCUGCGCUGCCUAUGCAUUCUCCUCUACAAUGGUCAGCGAAGGCCAGUAUGUCAUCACGGAUGUAAACACAGGAAAUGUUGUCGCUGAAUUGUACCUGCAGUAGAGGUGUGAAUAGUCACUGAUCUCCCGAUUCGAUUCGAUGAUCUUGUCUUCGAUUCGAUGCAUCACGAUUUUUCUAUUAAAGCCAUUUGACGGAAAUUUGACAUGGAACAUCCAUUUUCAUAUCAUCAAACAAAGUAAACAGAAAUGUUGUUGGGCCUACAUCUUUACAAUUUUCA